UGGCUGCUAGCUGGGUAGCAAGGUUAGCCGUUAGCCGUCGCUCAUUUGAUUCAGUACGGGGUUAGCGAGCCGGCGGCCCCAGCUUUUCCACUUGCGACAGACAGGUGUUCACUGUACCACCCAGCCGCUCUGGACCGACCGGUUGAGCCGAUUCCACGGAUUGUGCUGUACGUGAACGUUGUUCUGAUCCGGAUCCAGAUUUGCCUUUGCGGCGGGUGACGAAGAACAUCAUCAUCAUCACGCGAAAAAGGUCUACAGGAUAAGUGUCAGUCCUGCAAAACUCCUGCAAAAAGCACAUAUACUAAACAAAGGUCUGUUUUUCGGCCGGGAUGAGGGAGCAGAGGCUCCUCCAUGCUGCGGACGCAAAGUGAACAUGAGCACUGGAUGCGGCAGCAGCUCGGGCCUCCGCCGUCCGUCACUCUGAGGUCACUGGCGCUGCGAGUCUGACGAGGUCCUCAGCGUCUGCACCGCGAGGCUGAAAAGAACGGCCGCUCUGGUCUCCUGCAGUCCUGCCCCGGAGCGGUGGGGUGUGCUGGCACGCAUCCCCGCGCCGCUGUGCCAGUCCGCCGGAGGCCUGUGCCAGGCCCGGGUGGCAUGAGCAGGGCGAGACCAGCCUGCGUCUGAGCCAGCAGGAACGCUCCCAAACCGUCUGCAGGCCUUUCCCCCUCCCCGCGCUCGGACGAGACCAUGCCUCUGGGCCUGGGCCGGCGGAAGAAGGCCUCCCCGCUGGUGGAGAACGAGGAGGCGGAGCCUAUCCGGGCGGGGCUGAACGUGGGCGGGCCGGAAGGUGGCGGGGGUGAGGGCGGGGGCGGCGAGGCGGGCUCCCUGCAGGGGCUGCAACCCGGCCUGCCCCCCCCGCCCGCCAGCAUGCGGCCGCGCCUCAUCUUCCACACCCAGCUGGCGCACGGCAGCCCCACGGGCCGCAUUGAGGGCUUCAGCAACGUGCGCGAGCUCUACGCCAAGAUCGGGGAGGCCUUCGGGAUCCCCGCCACCGAGGUAAUGUUCUGCACACUGAACACCCACAAGGUGGACAUGGACAAGCUGCUGGGGGGGCAGAUCGGCCUGGAGGACUUCAUCUUCGCCCACGUGAAGGGGCAGAAGAAGGAGGUGGACGUGUUUAAGGGCGAGGACGCCCUGGGGCUCACCAUCACCGACAACGGAGCCGGAUACGCCUUCAUCAAGAGAAUACGGGAGGGAAGCAUCAUAGAUCGGAUACAGGUCAUCAACGUGGGGGACAUGAUCGAGUCCAUCAACGGGCAGGUUCUGAUUGGCUGCAGGCACUACGAGGUUGCCAAGAUGUUGAAGGAACUCCCCAAGGGGAGGGAUUUCUGUCUGAAGCUGGUGGAGCCGAUGAAGGCAUUCGACAUGAUCAGCCAGCGAUCGGGGGGCAGCAGGUCGGGCUCGGGGGCACAGCUGGGCACGGGACGGGGGACGCUCCGCCUGCGGUCAAAGGGCCCCGCCACCGUGGAGGAGCUGCCCUCAGCCUUUGAGGAGAAGGCUAUUGAGAAGGUGGAUGAUCUUCUGGAGAACUACAUGGGGAUCAGAGACAGUGAACUGGCGGCCACCAUGGUGGAGCUUGGGAAGGACAAACGGAACCCGGACGAGUUUGCGGAGGCUCUGGACGAGACACUGGGCGACUUUGCCUUCCCUGACGAGUUCGUGUUCGACGUCUGGGGCGCCAUCGGCGACGCCAAGGUGGGCCGGGUCUGACCGCCGAAAACGGGAGAGGCCCCCCAACCGCUUAACCCCGCGAAUGAGACUUGCACUGCAGUGGCACAGAAGUACCACUAGGAGCCGCUCUAGUACCCUUGUUUUGUUUUUAUCUUUUUGCUACGCUGUGUACACUCUUGUACGUCUUCUUUUUUAUGUCAGUGUUUUUUGGGAGGUGAUCUGUGAGAUGUGAGAUGUAAGUGCUUUCUGAAUCAGAAAAAGGAAAAAAAUACGCCCCCGCUCUUGCUCUGCAAGGCCUUUUUUUAAUCUGUCAGUUGCUGUUGGUCACCCUCAGUGACUCAUGAAUUUUGGGAAGUGUAUGACUUAAGGAUGGUGGGGAAUUGACAGGAGAGAGAUGGAGUUUAUUUUCUGGGGAAGAGACGCAUGCUUCCGAACUGUCUGUCUGCUUAGUCCCCUGGGAACUGAGAAGGGGGUUUCCUCUUGCCUGUAGGGGUGGUGGGGGGUAACCUUUGACCUUUGGUAUGAGGAAAUGCCUGUCCUGUUCUGAGGAGCUGAGGGCAGUGGACCCGCCCUGUACUGAAUGCACAGCAUUGCGCUGUGCUGUGGAACUGAAAGUUUUGCUUUGUACCACUGAGUGCCACAAGGUGGCGCCCACGCUCUAUCACAGUCACGGCUUUGGGACCAAGACAAUGAGGAAUGAAGAUCAGCAGUAAGACCGUGUUUUAAAGUACGACACUACAGGUGACUGUCUCCAGGGGCCCGAACAGACUGUCCCAGAUCGUCACGGUGACCUCAGUCUGAGCAUUCCGCGCUGUUCCCAUUCUACACCAGAUUUGACUCUGUUCCAUACCAGAUCUAAUUCUGUUCCACUCCAGAUAUGACUCUGUUCCGUGCCAGAUCCGAAUCUGUUCCACUCCAGAUAUGACUCUGUUCCGUGCCAGAUGUGAAUCUGUUCCACUCCAGAUGUGACUGUUCUGUACCAGAUCUGAAUCUGUUCCACUCCAGAUAUGACUCUGUUCCGUGCCAGAUCUGUCAGGUCUAUGUGCGUGCAUGACUAAAACCUAGGGCUCCAGCAUGUUUGAAUUUUACAUUUUCCUUUAACUGAAGCGCCACCACUCUUUGCCUGCUGAAGAAUUCAGAAUGGGCCGAAGUUUCGGCUUGUUUCUGGCUCCAAAUGCAAAAAAAACUGCAACACUACUGGUGUGAGGCCGUAGGCAGGUCAAACCGAACAGGGCAGGGAUGGUCCUUUUCACUUUUUACAGACUUAUGUGUAUGAAUAUGUAUAAAUAUGGUAAAUCUAGUUUUCUAGCAGUAAGGUAUGUCAGUCUGUCACACUCUGAAUGCUGUUAAACAGUAUUAGUAUGAACUGUAAAAGUAUGAAAUGUGAUUAAUAACUGUUACACACUGAAAACUUCAGGUAUCUUUUGAAGACUCUGUUACACUGUUGGUGAUUCUCAUUGUAAUAACUGUUGUAAUAACAAUAAUGAUCAUAUUUACACACUGAAUAGCCACUAUGAUGUCAUCCUCUCUGUUUUUUUUUCCAAAUGAAUGGGGAAAUGUGAUUCUUGGCACAAUAAUAAAUAGAGAAAUUGAAACGA